GCGAGCUGAGAAUGUUGCGUAACAUACGAUACGCUAUAUAUAUUUAUAUAUACUGUGAGAAGAUAUAUACAAGAAAUGUAUCUCCGUAUAUUUAGAGAGAGAAACUCGGGAGAAGAAGAUGGAGAUGGGGAGAUUCACAUAUAUAUACAGCGCGGUCCCCAAAUUUAACGCCGCUUGAGAUAGAGAUAGAGAAAGAGAUAGAGAUAGAGAGAGAAAUCAGAGUGCCGGCGGCAAUGGGAGACUCGUGCGGCUCUGUGUCGGUGGACAUUGAUACCAUCUCCGUCGCCGGAAAGGAGCAUAUUGUUAAAACUGGCAACGGUUCCAUCUCUGUAACAGUUUUUGGAGACCCAGACAAGCCUGCUCUUAUUACUUAUCCUGAUCUGGCUUUGAAUUAUAUGUCAUGUUUCCAAGGGUUGUUCUAUUGUCCAGAAGCAUUUUCUUUGCUACUGCAUAAUUUCUGUAUAUACCACAUAAGUCCUCCUGGACAUGAGUUAGGAGCUGCUGAAAUUAGUCCUGAAGAGCCAGUAUUAUCUGUAGAUGAUUUAGCAGACCAGAUUGCAGAGGUUCUAGAUUACUUCAGACUCGGUGCAGUUAUGUGUAUGGGAGUUACUGCUGGAGCUUAUGUUCUUACUCUGUUUGCAAUUAAAUACACAAAACGUGUUAUGGGUCUGAUUCUUAUUUCUCCUCUGUGCAAAUCACCCUCAUGGACAGAAUGGCUAUGUAAUAAGGUUAUGUCAAAUCUGCUGUACUUCUGUGGCAUGUGUAGUUUCAUUAAGGAAUUACUGCUCAUGCGGUACUUUAGCAAGGAGGCUCGAGGUAGUGUAGAAGUACCUGAAUCAGAUGUAGUUCAGGCAUGCAGAAGAUUGCUUGGUGAGAGACAAAGCCCAAAUGUCUGGCGGUUUCUAGAAGCUAUCAAUGAGAGACCAGACAUCACAGAAGGCCUACGGAAAUUGAAUUGCCGUUCAUUAAUAUUUGUUGGGGAAAAUUCUCCUUUCCAUUUGGAGGCUCUCCAUAUGACUUCAAAGCUUGAUAGAAGGUUCAGUGCCUUAGUCGAGGUUCAAGCAUGCGGCUCAAUGGUAACUGAAGAGCAACCUGACGCGAUGUUGAUACCAAUCGAGUAUUUCCUCAUGGGGUUGGGCUUUUACAGGCCAUCACAUUUCAAUGUAAGCCCAAGAAGCCCAUUGAGCCCUACUAGCCUCUCCCCCGAGCUCUUCUCACCCGAAAGCAUGGGCGUGAAGUUGAAACCUAUUAAAACAAGAAUUUCAAUAGAGGUCUGAGAAAGGCAGGGAUGAUGAUUUUGUGUAAGAUAUGUGUAGCAAAAAACAUCCAGAAUUGGUUUGAAGUCAGGGUAGACAGAGGGUUACAGGUGGGAUUGUAGAUAUUGGGAAUGGAAAUAGAAGGUGAGAGAAAUCAUAGAAAAGAAUAAGUUCUUUUUUUACUCCGUAUUUUUUUACAUUUUACAUUCCAAUCUAUAUUUUCAGUAGUCAUAUUUUUAGUCCUGAUGUACAUGGGUACAUGACCGAAUAAAAAUUUAUUAUUUUUUUAUAUUAAUGAUGAUUAUAUUGAUGAUGAUGAUAAAUAUAAUAUCACGAUGACUUUAUCGGGUCACGAUUCCACCGUUUUUAAUAUAAAAACAUUCCAAUUUUUUCUUAUAGUAUUCUGGUUUACUAUCAGAUCAGUUUUUUUUGCUAUCCUCCCAAAAUCAGAUCUAAUAUAGUCUAAUAUACUACGUAUACUAUAAAAAGGAGCUGUAAUAAAAGAAGGGUGCCGUCUAACAUGUGGUUCUUCUAGACAUGGCGGCGGGACUAAACAUAGUGGAUAUCCAAUCAUGCUAGUGUGCUACUACCAGAGGCCAGACUGUCAUUACGAUAUUCUAUAACCUAUGUUUGAGAACCGGAAUGUUGGUGAUCCGGAAUGUUAAACCCGCUCUCGGGAUUUCUUUUACUCAUAUAAUUUUGGUCUAAUAAAAUUGCAAUAUUAUCCCUUUACAUGUUAGAGAAUA